UCCCCCCCCCAGAGAUGCACUCGGGGGGGGUCCCGGGCCGGGCGGGGGCCAUCCAGGCGGCGCUGGCCCUGGAGCUCAGCUCGGACGUGCUGACCAGCGUGGACGUGGCCGUGGAGGGGCUCAACGGGCAGCUGCCCAACCUGGACCUGCUCAACCUCUUCCACUCCUUCUGCCUCAAGAACGGCCUGCUCUGCACCUUCCAGGGCAAGGCUCUGACCCUGCGGGGCAUCAACAGCUUCCGGCAGCACAAGUUCGACCUGGGGGCGCUGGGCAGGACGCUGGAGGGAAUGUUCCGGAAGCUGAACAACCUGCUGGAGCGGCUGCACCAGUCCUACUUCCUGUACCUGCUGCCCUCGCUGGCGCGCUUCGUGUCCGUCGGCUCCUACGCGCCGGCCCUGGGGCUGCUGCUGCUCGUGCUGGCCUUCCGCAUAUCCGGGGGGAAAAACGGGGAAAACGGGAAAAAAUGGGAAAAACGGGGUGAAAAUGGGCAAAAACGGGGAAAAACGGGGUGAAAAUGGGGUAACAGCAGGGGAAUGGGGAAUGGGGAAUGGGGAAUGGUCUCCUACGCCCAGCCCUGGGGCUGCUGCUGCUCGUGCUGGCCUUCCGCAUAUCCGGGGGGAAAAACGGGGAAAACGGGC